AUGGCCAACAGAAAGGCCGUCGGGCCGGACGACCUACCGGCUGAGCUGAUCAAGCCUUUCCUGGACGGAGAUCAAGGCGUCCUCUGCGAGUUCCACGCCACUGUCGUGGACGCNUCGAAGGUAAGAGGUCGUUCACCUCUCAGAACAUCAAGGACGAGGACGGUGAGGUCCUUCGGGACCCCGCGUUUAUUCGCCAACGGUGGGUGGUUCCACAAGCUUCUCAACACCAAGUCGCCGACCAUCGACCUGCAUGCGGCUGACAAGGUCAAGCGGUGGCCCACGUGCGUGCCACUCGACGACAUCCCAUCUCUACUUGAGGUUGAGGAAGCGGUGCGGGAAAUGGCCAACAGAAAGGCCGUCGGGCCGGACGACCUACCGGCUGAGCUGAUCAAGCUUUUCCUGGACGGAGAUCAAGGUCUCCUCCGCGAAUUCCACGCCAUUGUCGUGGACGUGUGGCAGACUGGGGACGUACCACAGCAGUGGAAGGAUGCCACCAUCAACGUGCUGUUCAAGAAGGGGGACACGAUGUAG